AUGGCUUCUCCGUCUGCAGUCACUCCGCCGGAGCUGAGCAGGCUCUUGGCCGCCUUGGGUCCCCGCCGCGCCGACCUCGAGGGGCGGCUGGGGGCGUGGCUGUGCGAGAGAGAGGAAGGAAAAAAGGCGCUACACACCAUGGAGAGAGAGGGGCUUUCUCCAGGCGACACCGCUGCGGCUCUCGCACGUCUGGCGCCGGUUUACCUCUCGGCCUUCUCGUGGAUUUCGCAUCUCCUCGCAGAGAAGAAGAGGCACGAAAACUCCACAGCCGCAAACGGCACCGCGCCGCUGCUCGUCGCCAUCUCAGCGCCGCAGGGCUGCGGGAAGACGGCGCUCACGGAUGCACUCAAGUUUCUGUUUGACGCCGAGAAGACAGAGACGGUUUCGCUGUCGCUGGACACGUUCUACGCCUUAGCCAGCAAGCAAGAAAAGCUCGCGGGCGAGCACCCCGACAAUCCGCUUCUGCAGGGGCGCGGCAACCCAGGCACUCACGAGCCUCUUCUGGCUGCCUGCGUCCUCGACAGCCUCAAGCGCAACGCACCGAACGGGGAAGUUCAGGUCCCGGUGUACGACAAGUCGCUGAACGGGGGGCGCGGCGAUCGGCUCUGCGUCGCGGAGUGGUCCAAGCUCAAAACUGGCGGCAUUGAGCUGAUUCUCUUCGAAGGAUGGCUCCUGGGCUACAAGAGCUUCUCCGACGCGACAGAGGAGACAAUGCCGAGUCUGAGCAAGGAUGAGCGAGAAUGGAUGAAGCCGAUCAACAAGUCUCUGAAGCAAUACGAAGAAAUCGAUGCGCUGGUUGAUGCCUGGCUGAUCCUCCAGGUCGACGAUCUCCAACGCGUGUAUGGCUGGCGACUUGAGCAAGAACAGGCGCUCAAGGCGAGCUCGGGUUCAGGCAUGUCAGACGAGGAAGUCAAGGCGUUCGUUGACAGGUCUGUGCCGGCCUACAAGGCCUACCUGCCGCGCCUCAGCGCAGAGGGCCCCAGCCGGGCUGCGGCCUCAACCCCGGUUUUCGAAAUUCUCCUCGGGGCGGGGCGACGCGCAGAGAAGGCGAAGCUUGUCGGGUUUUGGGGGGCUCUGGACAACUAA